AUGUCGUCCAACGUUGGCCUUUCCACCCCUCGCGGCUCCGGUACAUCGGGCUACGUUCAGCGCAACCUCUCUGUCCUCAAGCCCCGCGCAACAGGCUAUGGCCAGCCCUACAGCCUCAACGAUUCCGCUCGUCCACCUAAAAUUAGGAAACCAGACGAAGACAUCCUACGACAUGAUCGAUUGCGCGAAAUAGAAGUCAAGGUCAUGGAGCUGCAGGACAGGCUUGAGGACGAGGGCAAGCUAGACGAUGACGAGAUAGAGGAAGAAUGUGAGAAGAUGAGGAAGACGUUGGUGGAAGAGAUGGAGAAAGGUAGGGGCAGUUCGAAGAAAGGAGGGAAGACGAAGACUUAUCAGGUACAUGAGUUGGCGGAGGCUAAAGCUCGUGAGAGUGAGAAGCUGAGGCGUGCCCUUGGAUUGAGGGCUGAUCAUGUGAAAGAGGGAGAAGAGAGCGAGCAUCCUAUGGCGCGACAAGAAAGAAGAAACCGGGAGGCUAAUGUGGAGAGGGCCAGGAGAGAAGAACAAGACGAGGAGGAAAAGAGGGGCGGUGAUCCGGGGAGAGAUGAUGAUCGAAGGAGAAGACGUUACAGCGACGACUGA